AAGCUGGCGAUGGCGUGUCCCCGAGGCAGGCUUCCUGUUGAGGGGCGUGGCCAGGUCACCUGUAUUUUGGGAGGUGUCGUGCGACUGUGUUUUGCCAUGACAGGUGUUUUCUGCUUCAUUCCAGCACGCCUGCGGAGGCACGCGCAAAGCUCAGCCGGCAGGAUGCAGAUGUCCUACCAGAGCGUUGAGCGCGACGACGGCACGACGGCGGUGAAGAUUUCCGUGAGCCGCAAGCAACGCUACGUGCGCAGAGAGGGCACCUGCAAUGUGGUUUUCCGCCACCUUCCCGAGGAGUGGCUGCUGUUUGUCACCGACAUCUUCACCACCUUGGUGGAGAUCCGCUGGAGGGUGAUGCUGCUCAUCUUCGCGCUGUCCUACAUCCUGUCCUGGCUCUUUUUCGGGAUUCUCUUCUGGGUCAUCGCGCUGGCUCACGGCGACGUUCACGAUCACAGGACGGCGCCCUGCGUCUACGAGGUGCGCAGCUUCACCGCCGCCUUCCUCUUCUCCCUGGAGACCCAGACCACCAUCGGCUACGGCUCCAGGGGGAUGUCGGAAAACUGCGCCGUGGCCAUCGCCGUGGUGACCGUCCAGGACGUCGUGAGCUGCUUCAUCGACACGUUUGUCAUCGGCAUCGCCGUGGCCAAGAUGGCGUCCGCCAGGAAGCGGGCGCAGACGGUGGGCUUCAGCAACUGCGCCGUGGUCAACCUCCGCGACGGCCACCUGUGCCUCUCCUGGCGCGUGGGCGACUUCCGGCGCAAUCACCUGGUGGAAGGGACGGCGCGCGCUCAGAUCGUAUGCGCCGACACCCACGCCACCGGCAGGGCGGACGUGACCUAUCGGGACCUGGUCAUCCAGCAGCCCGACAUUGUUCUGGUGACCCCCACCACCAUCUGCCACCGCAUCCAGGAAGGCAGCCCGCUCUACGGGAUGAGCCGGGCAGAUCUGCAGCGCUCCGACCUGGAGGUGGUGGUGUCCUUCACGUACACGGACGACAGCACCGGCACUCUGCACCAAACGCGGACCUCCUACACGCAGGACGACAUCCUGUGGGGUCACGUCUUCCAGGAGAUGAUCCGGGCCGGCAGAAGGCGCUACACCGUCGACUACGUGCUCUUCAACCAGACCGCCAAGGUCCUGGCGCCCGAAAUCAGCGCCGAGGCGUACCAGCUCAAGAGGUGGCCGCGGCCCUCGCCGAGACCCUCGCCGCGCCCCGACAAGUUCCCGAGCCCCGCAAAAGUGAUGCUGCCGCUGCCGGACGCCCACCUCCGACACGACACGCUAGCUGAUGCCGCACGUGCGGAAACGUAGUACUAAAAUGUAAGCGUGACAAGAUGCAAACUUGCCAACAAAGAAGAAAACAAGUUAGCGACCAGCACGUCGACGACUCUCAAGGAUAUUUUUCGAGCCCUCGAGAAGAUUUUUCCUAGAACCUUCCUACAUAACCUUGUACAGUAUUCUAACCUUCCACUAGAAAACUACGACUAGCUCUUUCGAUGACAACCUUCUCUGUUCGAACACUGUCUCAUCAAGAGUACGUCUGGAUUUUUUUUUCCCCAAUGAUCAAAAUGAGAGUUUUAAGAUUUUUGCUGACACUGAAUAAAAUGCAACGUAUUUGUG